AUGGGGCAAAACAUAAUCUUCCUGGUACUGGAUCUUGAGUGUUUUGGAUUCACUAUAAGUUCAUCCCACGGUCUGACACUGAAAUGUAACCAGUGCUAUGGAUACCCAUAUUACUGCCCGGAAUCUACCCAGCUGUGUACCCUCGACCAGACCGUCUGUAUGAUGCAGGCAUUCACUGUUGUAGAGAAUGGCCAAAUCACUGAAUGGACGUACAAGGGCUGCUCUCAGGGGCUAGUGUGCAAUGAAACAGUAUAUGUGGAUCAGGGCAUCAAGAAAACCUAUAUAAGCUCUCAGUGCUGCAACUCUGACCUAUGCAACAUCGGCACAUACUACGCUCGAGUUCCUGUUGCUGCUCUCACUUGUCGGGCGUGUGAGGGGAACAGUGUUUCCUGCGCAAGCCCCAACCUGACGACACUGCAGUGCGCUGGAGUGCAGGACCGAUGCAUGACCUCCACCACCUUGUUUGUUAAUGUCUCCAGUUCAAACGUGGUGAUGAAAGGCUGUGGGACAGGUAACCUGUGUGGUCGAAGGCUGGAAUAUAACACCGGCAAAGGAAGGGUGUACACAGAGGUGUCGUGCUGUGGGAGCAACAACUGCAACCAGGGUGUAAAGACAGUAACGGUGAACGAGACGGCAAAUGGCAUACAGUGUUAUGCGUGUAAUGAGACAGGCGCUGGAGAAUGUAAUACCCCCACCGUGGUCUCGUGUACAGGAAACAUGACCACGUGCUUGGAUAUAGUAGGCUUUCCUCGGGGAAACACUCUGAUGCGGGGUUGCUGCUCCAAGGACGUGUGUUUGGGCCUCUCAGCAUCCAUUUUAAUCCAGGCCAGUCAGAAGCUUUACUGCUGUACGGGCAAUCUAUGUAACACCGGCUCUGUUACAUCAUAUUACAACGCCGGCUCCAUCUCUGCGGACAGCAGUGUAUUCUUUAUCGUGGCCACUCUACUGGUGCUUAUGGGAGAGCUGUUAACAUUAUUAUGAUUGGCCAGAACAUGAGACAGAUGAAAACAUUGCCAGGGCAUGACGUUUUAAGUGUAUCCAUCGCCUGCAAACGCAGUGGAAGCUGCCAUUUUGUCAGUCGAUAAGUUAUGAUAAAACUAAAAUGAGACUUGGAUGGGAAGGGGUUUCAUGGGUUAAAUUCCGCCCUUGGCCUUCUGUAAAUAAAUGUAACCGUCUAUAUC